UUUCACUUUUAGUUUCCUUCUGCUUGUACUGCUGUGUAAUGUAAUCUCUUUAUUGAUCCUUUGAUCUCCUUCGUUUUUCUAGUCGUCGAGUUUACGAAUUCGUGACAGUGACGCAUUAAUUGGUCUCAGUUACGCACCUCGACAGUCAAACAGGGUGCUGUUGUUUUUCUCUAUUUAUAAUGCGUAGAUUCGUACUUGAGAAGAUAACUGUUUGCUACUAUCCUACAACAUUGAUCGUCGAUAUUUACAUGUCGAAGGUUACCACAGAUUAGAUCAUAGCCUGUUUUUUUCAUGACUGUCGUUUUAGACCACAUUCUGAUAACUUCAACUCUAAGCCAGUUACUGCCUUUUGGUUGCCUGACUGGUCUCAUUGCUUUUGAAUUCUUUCAUCAUACUACCCAACAGCCUUUCCCUUCAUACGUGCCAGUCUGCUGUAGGAGACAAACUAUACUACUACAGGACGUGACCAUUAGCCAACAUGCCUGGUGUGAUUUCAAAGCACCUAACACAACUCUCUUCUGCAACGGGAAUCCCUGAAACAUCUCUGCAUCGUGCCAUUUGUGUUGCUGUUGUGGCUUUAUACUAUGGAAAGAUCGUCCACCCAAAACUGGUCAGCCUUAUGGCUCGCAACUCAACCCUCAAUCCAAAAAGAGUUACAAGGAAAGAUCUAAACGACAACAAGCAAGAUGUGUUACCGGAACAAGACUCAACAGAGGCUGCAAUCAAGAACAUUGAAAAAUUGGGAUUGCAAAAGGAAAAUCAAAAGAAAAACCCAACAGUCAACAAGGCCUUCCUGUUCCAACUCCAGAAACUGUUGAAGAUUAUGGUACCUAGUGUAUGGUCGCGUGAGUCGGGAAUUCUCACCUCGCACACGCUGACCUUGAUAGCACGCACCUUCCUAUCUAUAUACGUGGCCAUGCUGGAGGGUCGCAUGGUCAAGUAUAUCGUUCGCCGAGAUGUGAGAAAUUUUUCGUUUAUGCUACUACGAUGGCUCCUCGUUGCUCUACCCGCUACUUUCAUCAACUCCAUGAUUCGCUUCCUCGAGUCUCACCUGGCCAUGAGGUUCCGCACGAGGCUAGUGAGAUACGCUUACAAGCUUUAUUUCGACCAUCAAACCUACUAUCGCGUGAGCAACCUGGACGGUAGAUUGGAAAACGCGGAUCACUGUUUAACUGAUGAUAUCACGGCAUUCACGUCUUCCGUUGCCCAUCUUUAUUCUCAUCUCACGAAGCCUAUUUUAGAUCUUGUUCUGAUCACCAUAUCUCUCUAUAAUAUCGGAAAAGGAAUGGGGGGCUCGGGGGUACCAGGACCUCUUUUGGCAGCGACUGUUAUCUUCCUGACGGGACAAAUAUUGAAGGCCGUUUCGCCUAAAUUUGGAAAACUUGUAGCCGACGAAGCAAAUCUUAAAGGAUACUUGCGCUACAUUCAUUCACGAAUCAUCGCCAAUGCCGAAGAAAUCGCAUUCUACAAUGGCCACAAGGUUGAAUUAAAUCAUUUGAACAGAGCUUACAAAGCAGUCUGUGACCAAAUGAUAACUAUCUUCUCGCAAAGAUUGUGGUAUAUCAUGCUGGAACAGUUCUUAAUGAAGUAUGUUUGGUCUGGAACUGGAAUGAUUAUGGUCUCUAUUCCCAUUAUCCUCGGCAACAAAGAUCCGGAAAGUAGCAAAGACGGAGGUGUUAGUGCUCGAACGCAAUAUUUUACAACAGCCAAAAACAUGUUAGCCUCUGGCGCUGACGCCGUAGAACGUUUGAUGACAUCCUACAAAGAAGUAGUGGAGCUGGCAGGCUACACGUCGCGCGUUGGAAACAUGCUCGAUGUCUUUAAAGAAGUUGGACAGGGUCAAUAUGAAAAACCAUCCAUCAAGGCCAAUUCGAAAUCGGGUCAGAGACAGUGGGAAACCCUUCGAUUGACAGUGAAACACGGCGUUCCCGUAGCUACCGGUGAAUUAACUGAGUAUUCGGAUGGAGUCAUUUCACUGGAUGAUGUUCCCAUUGUAACACCCAAUUACGACGUCGUCGUGCCGUCUUUAUCCUUGAAGGUCGUCAAGGGUAUGCAUCUCUUAAUAACAGGACCUAACGGUUGCGGAAAGAGUUCGCUGCUUCGUAUUCUAAGCGGCUUGUGGCCAGUCUAUAGGGGUAAAUUACACAAGCCACCGGCAGAGGAUAUGUUCUAUAUCCCACAACGGCCCUAUAUGUCCAUCGGCAGUUUGAGGGACCAGAUAAUUUACCCCGACACUUUGGAAGAAAUGAAAAACAAGAAAAUAACCGACAAAGAUUUAGACAAGAUUUUACAACAAGUGCACCUUGCCCACAUCGUUCGUCGCGAAGGCGGCUGGGAUGCUACCGCCGAUUGGAAGGAUGUCCUCUCAGGCGGCGAAAAGCAACGCAUGGGGAUGGCCAGGCUAUUUUAUCACAAGCCACAAUUUGCCUUACUCGACGAAUGCACCAGCGCAGUUAGCAUCGAUGUGGAAAGUCAGAUUUAUCAAGCCGCCAAAGAUGCUGACAUUACGCUCCUAACCAUUACGCAUCGCCCUUCUUUAUGGAAAUUCCACACGCAUUUGCUCCAGUUCGACGGAGAAGGUAAAUGGACAUUAGAGCCAUUGAACACUGAAACGAGAUUGACGCUUAAAGAAGAGAAGCAACGCCUCGAGGCACAAUUGUCUGGCAUUCCUCGUAUGCAGGAUCGUUUGAAGGAAUUGUGCGUUCUAUUGGGAGAAGACUCUACGACACCCGAUUCUCAAGAAGCCGAGAUGAAUUCUUCCGAUUGAUUUCAUCCCACCGAAUUUAGUUCAAUCCUUUAUACAUAUAGUUAUUGAAAAUAUUUCAGUGACCUUGCCCUCUUAGUCAGUUUUGAUGCAUGAUGGUACAAUCGACGUGGUGUGAUAGCGCAUUUUAGUCCUCCAGUCGCUCAGAAAUCGCAUUUUUGGGUUCUAGAUUUAGACGGAAUCCCCCCCCUUACUUCAAAGUGAAUUUCUCUUCAUUGGUUUUUGUUUUCCAGUUGAAAAGUUAGAACCAGUUUCUAUUCCUUCUCUCCCAAAAGUUGUACUAGUCCAUUUUGACGGACGUUUUUUCCCUCGCCGUAUUACGGUGUGUUACGUAAAGUCUGUCGUUAUUUUAAAAUAUAAUUUAGUAAUUGUUCAUGUUGCUGCAAAUGACGCAAAUUGACGUUUGCCAGAAUUGUUUUCAAUAGAAGUUCUCUACAUUUUCGCAAUUCAAAAA